GCGGUGGGGGGGCGCUCGGCCAGCCCCUUCGCUCCUGCCCCAGCCGCGCACCGAGGGCGCUGCAGGAGCCUUCUGGGAGCCCUGUUCCCUGCUCCCUUCCUUGCCGAACGUGCCAGGGUUCGGGAAGGGUUUGAGGCUGGGGACUCCAAAAGCAGGGGCUGCAGAGGCUGUGGCUUCCCUCCUGCAAGCGUUUUGCCUGGCUUCGGCUCGGGGGGGUGCGCGGGGGGACUCAGCGCUGGCUGGGACCCGGUCUGCAAGGCGAGGGGAGGUGGGUGCCUCCGAUCCCAGCGCCGCUAGCCGGGCUGGUAAAUCACCAGGCUGCUCUCCGCUCCGUGCUUUCUGCGUGGCUUUGUUAUGGGAACAUUGAUCUGUUGCUGGGAUUAACCUCUCAGAGUUUCCAGCGGGCUGGUCUCACAGUUAUUAAUGAAACUGGCUGGAACUUGUGUUGACCUUGGCAGAGGCCCCACUUGGCUAGGAGGGAGCUGGCAAAGGCAUAAUCUCUAAUUGAGUAAUCCAGCGCAGGGGGAGGGGAGCGGAGGGGGUGGAAGCGCAGCAGCGCUUUGAACUCGGCAAGCUGCGGCGCUCGAGCAGGAUGUGUAGGAGUGGGGCUCGCAAACUUGCUGAGCACGGCGACCUGCGAGGGAGCGAGCGAGGAGAAGCGAGGCGACGGCGGCGCGCUCGCAUCAGCUGGGCGGCUCGGGCCCCCCCCCCGAGCUCUCCGGCCUCUCCCCCCCGGAGAAAGCGGCGUUGGAUCCCGGUGCCUCCCCAGAUUUAUUGCCGUGGAACAAUGGCACGAAGCGGCUGGAUAAUAAAGCGGAGCUGCCAGCCUCGGCCCUCCCUGGGCGCGCGUCCUCCCGUAGCCUCCCAGCCUGGGGCGCGGAUUGCACGGGGCUCUCCCUUCCUCUCCAGGGGUUGUUUUGCACUUGGCAAAGACAGCUCCGGGCUCGUUAGCGGGGCUGUUGAUGAAAUGGGGAGCCAGUGGUGAUGUGGGGCUUUUCUCCUUGGCACGUUUACCCCAGGAGAGGCGAUUUCCUCGGGCCUGGGCCUGGCCUCGUGCCUCUGGCGGGCAGGGAGAAGCUGUGGCCUUCGUGCCCGGGCAGCGGGUCCCGAGGCGAGGUGGCUGUGGCUGUGCAGCGCUGAGCGGCAGGAGAUCAGGCUCACGAUGGAGUCUUGCGAAAAGAGGACACCCCAGUACUUCCAGCUCCCUGCCCUGCGACAGGUGAAAUGCCUCAAGUGUUUCACCACGGCUUCUGUCCUCCUUCCCCGGCAGGGAGCAGCGUUUUUAUCAACUCCCUUUGCAGCCACCUUCGCUGGGACGAGCUCUGGGCUUCCCGCAGUACUGACUGGUCCCACGGCCCGUGGUGCAGUCGGACAUCCAGCGGGAACAAGCGGCGUGGGGCUGUCGAGCUGGAGAGCUGUAGGAGCACCCCACCGCAGCGCGUUGAGCAUCCGCCCAUCUGCCACGCGGCCGCUCACGCUGUUGUCUUGUGCCUGAUAAAAAUCUAAUUGCAGAACGAUCCUGUGGGGUGGGGGAGGACUUUGCGUUAGGACAGCAAUGAUUCAAAGCUAUUUCUGGGAAGAUGAGGGAGAUGUUGUCAUUCUCUGUUAUUCCAAACAUAUUUAAAAGCUGAAAUAUUUGCAUUGUUCAUGCUGUCACGCUGCAAACACUUCUGGCUGGGUUCCUCUCUCCUCUGCCUUCUCCUCCCUCCCCAGAAGACCGUUUCCAGCAGGAGGACACGGGUGUGCGUCAGCCCUGCCCACCUGUGCAUGAGCACACACGUUGGGCAGCACACGUCUGCCUUGUGCAGACCGUCUGGCACUCGUGGUGGGUACAGGAGUUUGUUCCAUCGCCCCUCGCCAAGCGGCUGUGUCAGGAGAGCUGCGAGGGCUUGUCAGCGGCCCGUGCUGCUCACCGAGGCGGGACAGGCAGCCGAGGCACCAAGCAGCAGGAGGAGCAUCGCAUCUGGAAGGGCGGGUCGGUGCCACGCGUGGGCUCACGCUGGUGCUGUCUGAAAACAAGGCGCUGCUGGGCAUCGCGUCCUGCUCCAAGGCGCGCAGCUCCUCCAGCAGGCCUCGAGGCGGGGAGCGCCCUGACUGGUGAGACGACGGAUUUCGUGAAGUCCCUGUGGGUGAAAAACUGAGCUAUGGCCUGAGAGAUGUGGGCAUGGCAGGGAAAGCCCUCAAGGGCUGCAGGAACUCUCUGGAGAUGAGGUGUAAAAACUGAGCUUGACCUUCUCCCAGCUGGCUGUCCUCUGCCCGGCUGCUCCAGUCCCGCUGCCUCUGGAAACCCGCAGGUGGACCGGUUGUGCCUCGAGCGCAGGUGGCUGGUCCUUGCUUCCUCCUGCUCCUUUGUGUUGAUCGACAUCCGAAACGACCUCUUAAGUCGGCUUUCAAACUGAGAAGGCAGCGGGAUGAGGCCGGCUGCUCCUUGGGAACUUGCUUUGUCAUUUACAUGCACUUUUUGUUCCAUUCGGUCAAUAUUACAAGGCUCGCGUAGUGUGACAUCUCCCCGAUCUGCUUGGGGGAAAGAAAGUCCCCUGACUUCCCAUGCCUCACCCCUGUAAUUGGAAGAAAUACAGCCAGUGGUUGUGCUUGCAGCAGGGCAGCCUUGCGAGCUGUGUGCUGCAUGGAUUCACAGUGAUUAUUUUUUUUUUUGUGUCUUUGAAGUGUUUGUACAUCUGUCAUGGAGUAAAAUGCUUUUGAAGCCCAUUUUUUCUUUAACAGCAAGGAUUGUUAUGUGCCCCGCUGUUAUUUCCUGAAACCGAUGGCCAGAGCUAGUUUGCUGCUUAACUUUGAGCCCUCAGGUGGAGUGGAGGAGCUGUGCCUGGUGUCAGUCAGGAGCUGUGCCCUGGCUCGAAGGCGAGGAGCGGCGCAGGUGACGAGGGCUGUGCUGCCCGCCGGUGCCGGCCGCCUACGGUCAGUCAGAAAUGUCAGGUUUUGAGCAGUUGGGGCGGAAAGAAACCCACCCCUGGCGCACAUUUCCAGGAAAGAAUUCAGUCCUGGUACCGAGAGGCUGUGACGGUCUGGCUGUUUCUUUUCCCCCCUGCAGUUUCAGCCCGACUUUGGGAUUCUUCGCUCCUAAUCCGCUGGCAGGGGGUUGUGUGUGCUGCGAGGCGGGGAGCGUCUCCGCGGCUCGCUCCGGAGGCAUCACGCUCCGGGUCGGGGUAUGUGAUUUUUCCACGGGAUCUGCCCAGUUCGUGCAAACGACGAGGCAGCAGGAAGUUAUUGCCGACUCACAAGCACGUACAUCUUAUCACAGAUGAAGCUGGGCUCCCUCGGUCAGCACGGCUGCGCUCCCCUCCUCGCCGAGGGGCUUCGAGAGGCCCUGGGAGCGCUUCGGCAUCGGUGCCACGAACGUACAGCACCUAGCACAUCUGCCCUGCUGUACUUUUCCAUCGUUAUGAAAUGCAGUAAAUCCACAGUUCUGACUCAUGCAACAAAAGCCAGCGAGUUGUGACACCGAUCAGAUUAAUUUUGCGUGCUGCCUUUCUGAGGAGGAGGGCAUUUCGUGCUGAAUCCUUCCACCGCCGCGCUGGGCGGAAAGCGCCGGAGCUGCAGCAGCGAUCGAUGGUGUUCGCCUGCUGUUGCUGGAGGGGAUGGAGUGGGGGAGUGAUUUCAGAGAUGGAUUUGGCAGAGAGGAGUUGCUGCUCUCUGUGCCUGUGGUGCUGGGAGCUGUAAUAACAUAUUGAACAUGGCAACAGCCCUUGCUGAAGCUCGGUAACUUCACCUCCGUGCUUCGUGGAGCCUCAUCUCCUAACAACACCCUCAGCGUCGAUAACGAGAGGAGCCGUCGAGUGCCAAAGGCCCUAGUUAUAAUCACUCUGAAAACCUCCUUGCUUUUUGGACCCAAACCUGCUUUUUAAAUGUAAAAACUCUUUGGCUGUGUUCUAGGCAGAGAACAUUCGGAGGAUUUGCUGGCUUGCUCCAUGACAAAAUGCAUUGCAGCUUUGCGCUGCGGGGGGGGCGGGGGGCCGAUGGACACUUGUGUGCGUCAGGAAUGCUGGCUGCCUGCUCUGCGAGCAGAGGGGUUGUUUUAGGACAAGCUGACAGGCCCUUGGCUUGUUCUGCUGCUCUCAAAAAAUGUAAUUCUAAUUCUUGGCACCUUUCUCCAAGAGGAUAAAGAGUGAGAACGCGGUGGAGCCUGUUCCCUCUGCCCUUGGAAAUGGGCUUUUACCCAGCUGCGGAGCUGGCCUGGGGCAGGAGCACCGUGCUCCGUCCUGCCCCGUGAUUUGGUCAAUCCAAGGCAGAAACUAAGGGGGGAGCAGCAGCGAGGGGUGAAAUGACCUGGGGCACCUCCUCACGGUCCUGACCUGUGUCUAGUUGUUAUUCUUUGGUCAUCUUUGACCAAGCAUCUUCUGUGCGAGUGCUCUGCCUUCCUCCUGGGCUAUGCUCGUGUUAGUUGCUGGUCGGGCCCCCCCUUAGGCACGGUGCUCGGGGGACAGUUCGUCUGUUCAGACGGCUCGACGAGCUCCCUGCCUGCGGUGCUGGAGCCUCCGCCGUGUCCCCAGGGGUCCCUCAGGCUGCAGAGCCCGCGGUGCUCACCGCAGCCGGCUUCUCCUCUGCCUGCCGGGCACUUCUCCUCCCCUGCCGGCGUGCUGGCAACGAGCACGGCUGGUUUCUUCCUCCCCGAGGAGGAGCGCCGAUAGCUCCUGCCUUCUGGUCGCCGCCUGGGAUGUCGGCCUGCCCGUGGCUGCUGAAGAGAGAGCCGUCGCCUGGUGCAAAGCGGGCCGGCCCACGUGGUUAUGGGACCAAAGCAAGUGCAGGCUUUUACUUCAGCGUGUUUUUCAGGUCUGCCUCAUUUUAUCUCGUGGCAGCAAUCGCAGGUAUGACGUAGAGCAGAUAGCCCCCAGCAGCUAACGUGUUCCUGCCUCAGCGGCAGGCGAGUGGCAGACGUAAACACAGGAGCGUUAUAGGCCUCCAAGUGCUAAAAGCUACUGGAGAACAUGCAGGAUCGCGGCCUGCCUGGCAAACUGGAGCCCGUGUCUCCCGUGAGCCCUACGCACCCCGAUGCCGAGCUGGACCUGCUGCCGGCCCGGCUGUCCAAGGAGGAGCUCAUUCAGAACAUGGACCGCGUGGACCGCGAGAUCACCAUGGUGGAGCAGCAGAUCUCCAAGCUGAAGAAGAAGCAGCAACAGUUGGAGGAAGAAGCAGCCAAACCACCAGAGCCUGAGAAACCCAUCUCCCCCCCUCCAAUCGAGUCCAAACAUCGCAGCUUGGUGCAGAUCAUCUACGACGAGAACAGGAAGAAGGCAGAAGCUGCCCACCGGAUCCUGGAGGGACUGGGUCCCCAAGUGGAGCUGCCGUUAUACAACCAGCCUUCAGACACCAGGCAAUACCAUGAAAACAUUAAAAUAAACCAGGCAAUGCGGAAAAAGUUAAUUUUGUACUUUAAGAGGAGAAAUCAUGCUCGCAAGCAGUGGGAACAGAAGUUUUGCCAGCGCUAUGACCAGCUGAUGGAGGCCUGGGAAAAGAAAGUGGAGCGCAUCGAAAAUAACCCCCGGCGCCGUGCCAAGGAGAGCAAAGUGCGGGAAUACUAUGAGAAGCAAUUCCCAGAGAUCCGGAAGCAGCGGGAACUGCAAGAGCGCAUGCAGAGGUUAGAGGAGAAGCGCAGGGUAGGACAGAGGGGCAGCGGAGGGCUCUCCAUGUCGGCUGCGCGCAGCGAACACGAGGUGUCAGAAAUCAUUGAUGGGCUCUCGGAACAAGAGAACCUGGAGAAGCAGAUGCGCCAGCUCGCCGUCAUCCCGCCCAUGCUCUAUGACGCCGACCAGCAGCGCAUGAAAUUCAUCAACAUGAACGGCCUCAUGGACGACCCCAUGAAGGUCUACAAGGACCGGCAGGUGAUGAACAUGUGGAGCGAACAGGAGAAGGAGACCUUCCGCGAAAAGUUCAUGCAGCACCCGAAGAACUUCGGCCUUAUCGCCUCCUUUCUGGACAGGAAGACGGUGGCGGACUGCGUCCUGUAUUACUACCUGACCAAGAAGAAUGAGAAUUACAAGAACCUCGUGAGAAGGAAUUACCGGCGGCGGGGCAAGAGCCAGCAGCAGCAGCAAAUGCCCCGGAGCAGCCAAGAAGAGAAAGAUGAAAAAGAGAAAGAAAAGGAGAAGGAGGGAGAGAAAGAGGAAGACAAACAGGAAACAGAAAAUGACAAAGAAGAACUGACAAAGGACAAGAACGACGACACGUCCGGGGAAGACAACGACGAGAAGGAAACCGUCACCUCCAAGGGCCGCAAGACCGCCAACAGCCAGGGCAGGCGCAAGGGGCGCAUCACCCGCUCCAUGGCCAACGAGGCCAACAAUGAGGAGGCGGCCGCCCCGCAGCAGAGCGCCGAGCUGGCUUCACUGGAGAUGAACGAAAGCUCUCGCUGGACUGAAGAGGAAAUGGAGACGGCUAAAAAAGGUCUCCUUGAGCAUGGGAGGAACUGGUCGGCCAUUGCCAGGAUGGUGGGCUCCAAGACCGUGUCGCAGUGCAAAAACUUCUACUUCAACUACAAGAAGAGGCAGAACCUGGACGAGAUCCUACAGCAGCACAAACUGAAAAUGGAGAAGGAAAGGAACGCGAAGAGGAAGAAGAAAAAAGGCACCGCCGUGCAGAGCGAAGAAGCUGCCUUCCCUCCCGCCGCCGAGGACGAGGAGAUGGAGGUGUCGGGGACAAGCGGCAACGAGGAGGAGAUGGCCGAGGAGGCAGAAGCUGCAGUAAAUAACAGCUCCGACACUGAGAGCAUUCCCUCGCCGAGGCCCGAAGCCAAAGAGGGAGGCGAAAGCGGGGCCAAGGCACCACCCGGGCCGGGAGGUGACUCCGGCGCAGAACCGGCAGUCAAGUUGGAAGAGGCCCCCACGCCCCCCGACACUGCCGCCGCUCCCGCGGCCCCCGCCACCAACCCCGCUGCCGCCGCCAGCCCUCCUGCGGAGGCGGCUCCCGAGGCGCCCGGCGGCGAGGAGAAGGCCCAAGAGGAGCUGGUGGUGGACGUGGUGAAAACGGAGGAGCCGGAGGAGAAGGCGAGCGAGGAGCCCUGCAAGAGCGAGGUGAAGAAGGAGGAGAGCGAGGACGGCCAGGAGAAGGACAAAGGGAAUGACAAGAAGGCGGAAAGCGGCGCCGGCGGCGGAGGGGCGGCGGGGGCGGAGGGGACGCCCAAGGCCGAGAAGAAGGAGAGCCAUAAAGGCAGCAAAGGUGCCGGGGUGAACCCCGACAGCGACUCCAGCGCGACCUGCAGCGCCGAUGAGAUGGACGAACAGGACGCCGUGGACAAGAGCAGGUUGCUGUCCCCCCGGCCCAGCCUGCUCAACACCGCCAGCGAGGCCAGGCUGAACUCCUCGCCGCAGAAGCCGCUGGACCUGAAACAGCUGAAGCAGCGCGCUGCUGCCAUCCCUCCCAUCAUUUCUGAAGGUUUCUCAGAGGGGAUAUUGCAGAGUGGAAGCGUGAAGCCUCAGGUGCCUCCCCACGCCCUGGCCCUCUACCAGCAGCAGAUCACUAAAGCCCACGAGUCUGCCCGCGAGGACGUGCCCCCAAGCAAGCUGUCGCAGGCCCAGCAGCAGCAGCAGGCUGACAAGGAGCAGCAGCAGCCGAGCAGCAGCCCGAGGGGAAAGAGCCGGAGCCCCGCUGUUGGUGACAAGGAAGAAAAGUCGGUGCAUUUCUCAUCCAUCGCAGAGGCUCAGAAGCUGAGCGCGGAGCCGACGGCCGCCUCAUGCUGGCCCCCUGUCCUGUCCUACUCCCGGGAUGUGAUAAAAACCUCUCCCCAGGCGGAGCCCCACUUGUUCCAGUAUAACUCACCAGGACACCCCAUCCCGCUAAACCUGCAUGAGAGCUCUCGCUCAGGGCUGCAGCGGCUAGCGAGCAUCUCCAACCCUCCUCCCCUCAUCUCCUCCACCAAGCAUCCUCCUGUGCUGGAGAGACCCGUCGGCUCCAUCUCCCAGGGCAUGCCCAUCCAGCUCCACACACCCUACAGCUCCGAGCAUGCAAAAGUCCCCGUCGGCUCCAUCACCAUGGGCCUGCCACUGACAAUGGAUCCCAAGAAACUGGUGCCUUUUCCUGGAGUAAAGCAGGAACAACUUUCUCCUAGAAGCCAGGCCAGCCAGCCGGAAAGUCUGGUGAUGCAGCCGUCCCAGGAGGGCUCCAUCCUGCGGGGUACUUCCCUCGGCUCUGCCUCAGGAGGGAGCAUCACCAAGGGGACACCCACAUCCAGGCCCCCUCCGGAGUCGCCCAUCACAUACCGAGGCUCCAUCACGCACGGCACCCCGGCAGAAGUGCUGUACAAAGGAACCAUUACCAGGAUAAUCGGAGAAGACAGCCCCAGCAGAGCAGAGAAAGUGAGGGAGGAUGCCCUGCCCAAAGGACAUGUCAUUUACGAAGGGAAGAAGGGCCACGUGCUGUCCUACGACGGUGGGGUUGCUGCUUCUCAGUGUCCCAAAGAAGACAGCAGGAGCUCAGGAGCUUCACAUGAGACCACGGGAACCAAGCGGACCUACGACAUGAUGGAGGGGAGGAUCAGCCGGGGCUUGUCAGCCCGCGAUCCGCUGUCUGCCAGCAUUGAAGGUCUCAUGGGUCGAGCGAUCCCUCCAGACCGACACAGUCCCCAUAACCUAAAGGAGCAGCACCACAUCCGCGGCUCAAUUACACAAGGAAUACCUCGGUCCUACGUGGAGGCCCAUGAGGACUACCUCAGAAGAGAAGCCAAACAGCUCAAGAGGGAAAACACUCCACCACGGGACUUAUCUGAUGCCUACAAAGUCAGGUCUCACGAGGGCCUUACUCCCCUGAAAAUGAAGCCAGCCCACGAAGGCCUGGUGGCCACGGUGAAAGAAGCGGGAAGGUCAAUCCAUGAGAUUCCCCGGGAGGAGCUGAGGCGGACCCCAGACAUCUCCCUGACGAGGCCUCUGAAGGAAGGCUCCAUCACACAGGGUACCCCGCUGAAGUACGACAGCGGCUCUUCUUCGUCGAGUACCAAAAAGCAUGACGUGCGGUCCAUCAUCGGCAGUCCCGGGAGGACUUUUCACUCUGUACACUCUCUGGACGUCAUACAAGACCCGAGGAAUCUGGAGAGAGCCUACGAAGAGAGCCUGAAAAACAGGCCGAGCCCAGUGACGAACUCGGGCGGAUCGAUCGCCAGAGGGGCUCCCGUGAUUGUGCCUGAGCCGGGAAAACCCCACCAAAGUGCCCUCGCCUACGAGGACCACCAAGCAGGGCACAGCACGGCGUUCAGCAGCCACUUGCACAGAGGGUCUCCGGUCUCCACGAGGGAAUCCACGCCACGGCAGCAUGAAGGGAGCAUCACUGCUGGGAAGCCAGUGUCCCAGGACCGAAAGAUCACCCCUACGUCCAGAGAACUCACCAACUCCAAGUCGCCACACGCCCCCGUGCCCGACCACCACCACCCCAUCUCCCCAUAUGAGCACUUGCUCCGUGGCGUGAGCGGGGUCGACCUGUACCGAGGACACAUCCCGCUGGCUUUCGAUCCCGCCGCCAUCCCAAGGGGAAUCCAACUGGAAGCAGCUGCUGCUUACUACCUGCCGAGGCAUCUGGCCCCGAGCCCCACGUACCCCCACCUCUACCCCCCGUACCUCAUCCGGGGGUACCCGGACACGGCCGCCAUGGAGAACCGACAGACCAUCAUCAAUGACUACAUCACGUCCCAGCAGAUGCACCACAACGCCGCAGCCACGGCCAUGGCGCAGCGGGCGGACAUGCUGCGCGGCUUGUCGCCCCGGGAGCCCUCGCUCGCCCUCAACUAUGCAGCAGGAAUCAUCGACCUGUCCCAAGUGCCGCACCUGCCUGUCCUCGUGCCCCCCACCCCCGGCACCUCCGCCACCUCCAUGGACCGCAUCACCUACAUCCCCGGCCCGCCCCAGACCUUCAGCAGCCGACACAGCAGCUCCCCGCUCUCCCCAGGAGGCCCCACGCACUUGACCAAACAGUCAGGAUCAUCAGUGUCUGAACGGGAACGGGAUCGGGAGCGUGAACGUGAGAGGGAGCGUGAAAAAUCCAUCCUAGUAUCCACCACGGUGGAGCAUGCCCCCAUCUGGAGACCAGGUACAGAGCAGUCCAGCAGCCGUUCCUCCUCGCACUCUCACAGCCACCAGCACUCUCCCGUCUCGCCCCGCACCCACGAGACCAUCCAGCAGCGCCCCAGCGUGCUCCACAACACGAACAUGAAGAUCAUCUCCUCGGAGACCCCCACCCCUUCCGUCCUGCGCUCCUCAUCCACCACUACCACGUCGCCGAUCCGCUCCACGGGCUUCCCCUCGGCCUCCACCCUGCGCUCCUCCAUCGGCGCGGUGGACGGCUACGCAGCCAUGAUGGACCCGGCCGUCCUGCAGAAAGAGGCCUCGAGGGCACGGGAAGGCAAGGCCGAGCGACCCCAGCCUGACAACAACGUGUUCACCUCAAAGCUGCCCAGCGGGGCCACCCUCGAACAGUCGCCUUCGCCUAUUAAAGCCAUGGAGUCGAGGCCUUUACCCGCCUCCGGGCCCGGUUCUUCUCACCACUAUAGCAGAGGACAGGGGAAAAGCCAGCAGCACCAUCACCCUCUGGACCAGCAGCAUGCAGCCUCAGGCCCCGAGCAGCACAAUAGAGAAAAGAGUCAAAGUAAACCCUUUUCAAUGCAGGAACAGGAGCUCCGAGCACUCGGUAAGACCACCACGACAGCGGCCAACUUCAUAGAUGUGAUUAUCAUGCGCCAAAUUUCUUGCGAUAAGGGGCAGCGAGAAAGAGGCUCGCUAAGUAACGACUCCACUAGUGAUGGCUUUCACGGUGGCUACAGCCCUGAGCGGAUCGAAGCGGUGAGUCCCGUCAGCUCGCCCAGCCUGUCCCACGAGAAAGGGGCCAAGCUGCUGCAGGAUGUGGACAAGGGGCACGGGGAGCACGACCCAAGGCAGAAGCAGCAAGCCUCGCUGAAGGCCUCGGCCCCCGAAGCAGCCCACCUGCAGCACCUCCGGCAGCCCGACGGCCCCCAGCCCCAGUGCCAGCCCCUGCAGUCCAGCCAGAGCGUCAAGGGGAUGAACCAGCGGGUGGUCACGCUGGCCCAGCACAUCAGUGAGGUCAUCACCCAGGACUACACGCGCCAUCACCCUCAGCAGCUCAACUCCCACAUCCAGACCCCGGUGUACUCCUUCCCUGGGGCCGCGUGCCCCGUGCUGGACCUGCGCCGCACCCCCAGCGAGGCUUACCUGCAGCAGCAGGAGCACGCAGCAGCCUCCAGGAUCUCCCCGCAGAACGAAGGAGGCAAGAGGUCCCCGGAGCAGAGCAAAGCCUCGGCCGGCGGCGGGCCGGACAACUGUAUCGAGCCCGUCUCUCCACCAGACGGCGUGGGAGAACCGGAGCACGCCAAGAGCGCCACGUACCCGAUCCUGUACCGCGAGGGCGAGCAGAUGGACCAGAGGAUGGGGUCCAAGUCCCCAGGAAACAACACUCAGCCUCCAGCGUUCUUCAGCAAGCUGACAGAGAGCAACUCUGCCAUGGUGAAGUCCAAGAAACAGGAGAUCAUCAAGAAGCUCAGCACGACCAACAAAAAUGAGACGGAGUACAAUGUUGGGCAGCCUGGGACAGAGAUUUUCAAUAUGCCAGCGAUUACCGGAGCAGGGCUAAUCAGUUGUAGGAGCCAGUCGGUCCAAGAGAAUUCCAGUACCAACAUGGGGUUGGAGGCAAUAAUUAGGAAAGCCCUAAUGGGUAAAUAUGACGAGCAGUGGGAAGAGCGCUCACCUCUCAGUGCCAAUGCUUUUAACUCUCUGAAUGCCAGUGCAAGCCUGCCCGCUGCUAUGCCCAUAACUCCUGCUGAUGGACGAAACGAGGACGUGCGCUCCUUGCCAGGAGGAGGGGGAAAGCCAAAGAUCUCUGCCAGGCCCAACAGCCGCAAGGCCAAGUCCCCGGCGCCGGGUCUGUCCUCCGGCGAGCGGCCGCCGUCCGUGUCCUCAGUGCACUCGGAGGGGGACUGCAACCGGAGGACGCCCCUCACCAACCGCGUCUGGGAGGACCGGCCAUCGUCCGCAGGCUCGACGCCGUUCCCCUACAACCCGCUCACCAUGCGGCUCCCCAGCGGGGUGGUGACGGCGGCCCCCGCCGCCCCCCUGCCGCAGGGGACGCCCGGCAGCCAGCACCACGCGUGGGACGAGGAGCCCAAGCCCCUGCUCUGCUCCCAGUACGAAACCCUUUCGGACAGUGAAUGAAGCGAGCGAGGGGCAGGGAGACGGCGACCAAACCGACGGCGCGGGGAGCGAGCGAGCCGCCCGGGGCGAGCACCCAGCGCCCCGGCCCCGCUGGCUCUCACGAGCAAAGACGCAGGAGCAGAGCUUUUUUUUUUGGGUUUUAAUUUUUUUUUUUUUAACCUUCUCCUCCCAACCAGCCAAUUGGGGGGGGAUGUUUUUUUUUGUUGUUGGUUUAUUUUUCCUUUUUUUUUUUGUUUUGUUCUCAACAUCUGGAAAUUUCUGCAUCCUCUUCAGUCUAAAAAAGAAAAAAAAAAAAGCCUUAACGAGACAAAACCCAAGGAUCCCACAUUCGUCCUUGCCAGCAUGGCUGAGCAGUGACCCCGCGCUCGAGAGAGGGACCGAGUAGCCGUGCAAGUCCCAGGGCCGCGCGCACACGGACGCUCUGCUCCCACGGUGCCGAGUGAGGGGCUCCGUGGGGCUGUGCCACGGAAACACAAAACCUUGAGACGGUUUAAAAAAAAAAAAAAAGAUUUAAAAAUGUCAAAUAGGAUCGAACCCAGCUUGGUUUCCCCUGGCUGAUCUGAGGGUGGGGAGCCCAUCGUCCCGGCCGCGCGGGACACGUUGGCCUCAACGCGCUUUGAACGCGGCUGGGAGGAGCAGGAGAGGGAGGGAAGAUCCGUUUCUGAAAAAAAAGCUGGUCCCUUCGGUGAUGGAUAUCCCGGGCUGCAAUUGGAGUGGGAAGAGAUUUCCCCGGGGGGGCUCGCGCACCGCCUGGGGACGGGCUCGGUUGCUUUAAGUGCAUUGUUUUCUGAAUGGUGAGAAAAGGCAAUUGUAAAUUGUAUUGGUCUACAGGGUAUAUUUUUGAUACCUUCAGUGAAUUAUGUCAAUAUUUUACGCAAGGAAGGACUUAAACAAAACACAGUAUUACAUGCUGUAAAAGAGGUUCUGUUCUUACACACAGGCUUUGAUGUGUUUGUCCAUUGUAUGGAAAUGUUUAAAAAAGAAAAAAAAAAAAAAAAGAAGGUAACAGUGAUCCAUCAAAGUCGUCUGUAAGUCAGGAGAAUGUAUGAACUUAGAUUAAAAAAAGAAAAUCUUGCCAUGGUUGCAGGGCCCCCCGUUACACACACCUCUGCUAAUUCAGCAGAAUCCGUUUGCUGGUUGCAGUCGUUGAUUCUCCAGAGCCCUCCAGAGCUGGCCGGGUGCAGGGGCAGCGCGGGCAGGAGGCCGGCAUGGCAGGGAGUUCACAGGAAACUUUAAAAAAAAAGAAAAAAAAAGUUUUUAUUGUAUUUUUGUGAUACACACGAAUGCUCUACUUUACAUUAUUUUUUUCAUUCCAUGAUGUUGGAUCAUAUCUGCAGUUACAUGGUUAAAGAACAAAAUAUUAGACUUUUUUUCAUUCACUUCUGCUUUCUCGCUCUGGGGGAGAAAAAUGGCAAAAAAAAAAAAAAAACACAAAAAAAUGUAUUAAAUGCUUUGCAUUCUAUACGCUAGAGGAAACAAGACCACGGCACAGACUUUCUGCCUCUCCCGCUGCGGGGGGAGCCAGCCCGCGCCGCCUUCCAGCAGCUCUUUGAUCCGCCGCGUGUCAGACAGCGAGGAUCGCCUUGUCACGUUCUCGAUGGUUAUUUCUUUUCCCCCUGCAAUGUUCCCAGGGUGAUUCUGAUUUCAAAGCAAGAGAAUGAUGGUGUUUGUUGUUUGUUUGGGGCUUGUUUUUUUUUUGUUUUGUUUUGUUUUGUUUUUCGUUUUUUACAAUGUACAGGUUUUUAAUGUUCAUCAAUGUUUGUGUCUUUUCUGUUGUGCUUUUUUUUUUUUUUUUUAAGAAAAAAAAAAAAAACGAGACAAUGCACAAGCGAUGUGGAAGUCUUUCAGUUCCCAGGUUAUUGCUGCUGGUGUCUUCAUGGCUCUGAGAUGUAAAGCUAACAGAGCUGACGUCUGGGCAUAACGCUAUUAAAGUGUCGCAGAUUUUGCUGGGAAAAAUCCAAAUUCGACCCAUCUUCAAAGCUGCCUCCUUAACCUUUUCAGACAGAGAAAAAAAAAAAAAAACACAACAAAGAAUAAAGUUACCACUUGGCACAGUAGCAAUACUGUGUGCUGCUUUGGUGUCUUGAGGAGAGGCCGAGCCAGGGGCAGGUCGCUGUUGAAGAGCGGAUGCGAUUGGCAGGGCCGCGGUGCCCAGAAGCGUGGAGCAGCGGUGUGGAGGUGGCGUGAGGAUGGCUGGGGCUCGCUUUCUCCAUGGUUGGGGCUCGUUUUCUCCGCUGAAGGGGCAGCCCCGGCCCCGCUGGCCCUGGCUGUGGAGACGGCGCUGAGCUCGGGCGGCGGGACGAUGCGCGGGGCUGCCGGCGCUCCCUCACCUUGCGGUGCGCGAAGGGAGGCGUCGGGCAGCGUUUGGGUUCCUCACCCUUGGUGUUGCCCUCACAAGCCCUGUCACCACCCAGCCAGGGCAGUCUUGUCCCUUUCUGCCCCAGGGCACAGCCCCUUGGGACAUCCCACACCAGCCAGAAGCGACCCCACGGGCUGGGCUGGGCUCAGGGCCUGCUGGCUGAGGUGGGGAAGGGCAGCGAGGAGCUGCCGAGGCACCACCUCACCGCUGCCAUGCAGCAGGAGGAGGUUACACAGCCCAAUUCUGUUUUCUUUGCCCUUUCCACCAUGGCUUCGUGUGCCUGGAAGAGGGGCUUGGAGCUGGUGGGCUCACUCAGAGGCCUGGGAGCGCUGAAGCAAAGCCGAGGCCUGGCCCAGGGCCUCGCUGCGUUUUCAAGAGGCGUGAGAGGUUUGUGAGGUACUUUUUAGUCAUCGUGGGGCUGAUGGCUCGGUGGGCGCAUGGCCUGCACAGGGCGGUGUUUUGAGGAGGGGUUGGUGGUGCCACAGGGCUGGAAAGGCCUUGGUGGCACCGGUUCCAUGCUGGAGGUUUGGCCCUGUGUGGGGUACGUGUGUGGGGUUGGCUUCAGCGGGGUCCUGCCCUUGGGGAAACCUGGAAGUGGGGAGCUGCUGCUCCUCUAGGUCACGAGCACUGCAAGCAACACCCCCCUGUCCUGCCCUCGCAUCCUCCUGCCAGCCAAAAGCUCUGUUUUCACGCGCUUUUGCCCCAAAUCACCCAAGUCGUCGUGCUGCCGGCCGUGAUGCAUCCCCAUCCUGCAGCCAAGGAGGAGAAAGGCAUGUUAAGCUGUUAGAGAAACAAAACAACCCCAGUUUAAAGGUAACGUUAACCAACUUUGUAGUUCGUACAAACUGGCAAGCAAAUUAUUGGGCAAUUUAUUGUUUCAACUGUACUGAGGGGGGAAAUAUCUAUCUUUUGUACAAGCAAAUUGUGCAUAGCUGUUUUGAAGUGAGUUGUAUGAUAGACGGGGCUGUACAUAGAAACCACGAGGUGUAAAUAUUUACGCAGCUUGCUCUGAAGGGGUGGUUUUCUUCU